AAAAUUAUACAACAUAUCCACACACACACACACACAGACACACACCACAGGAUUUAAGACACGAAGCCGAGGCGGGUGAGCUGGGCUCGUGAUGGAGUGUGAGUGUGUGUGACGGCCGGAGAGAGACGGAUGGCAACCGGCAUCCUGCGUGUUUUAUGAGCCUGUCCAAUGACAAGUCGGUCCACUUUUAGGCGGAGGAGAGGGUGCACGGCGGCGAAUCAUACAGAGAGAGAGAGAGGGAAGAAAAAGAAGUGUCAUAUCAAAGCACGUGUCCAUGACUCAACUCUGACCUGAAACCCGCGGGCGUGGAACGAACACCCUCCAUCUGCUCCCUGUGCAAUCAGGCUAAUUCAGGGGAGAGAAAAAAAGAAAAACAUCACAACCGUCUCAUUUACCCUGUUUUAAUCUGUCAGCCCUUCACUGCCCUGCGGGUAUAUGCAAACCUGAUAAGAACGCUGCUGCCGGCAUGUCGUGCGCAUCCUUCACUGAUCUCUGCUUUCACGUCUCGUCAUAUUCAACGCGCUGAUGAGGCACGUGUAUUUUUAUUUAUUUUUGGAACGAGUGAGCACACACAGCUUCUCCUCUCUGCUCUUGUGCUCCGGCAUCGUCAGCAGCAGCGGCAGCAGCAGAAACACGCCAACGCGCAAAGCCCACGAGCGGGGAGCCGACACGUCGGGAGCGCGCGCAACCAGACGCGGCGCGCAUGCACAGCUGUCAGCACCAAGGACAGCGGCGGCAGCGGCUCAACCCGCAGCGACCGGAUCGCUGCGAUCAGUUCGCACGGAGCGAGUGAUUGUCACCGCGGACAGGAACAAGUCUGGACUACGCUUCAACUCAACUCAUCUUUUGAAAAAAAAAAAGAGAAAAAAGAGAUUGGAGCAAUUCUGCAGAAGAAGGUGGACAAUGCGGGUUGGACGCCCCCGGUUGACACCCUGCCCCUGACAUGAUUGUGCACAUUCUUCCGCAUUGCACAUAAAUCCACCCCCCCCCCAUCCCCUUUUUUUCCCCCCUUCUUCAUCAAUCUCCUUCUCCGGCCCCCCCUCAUCCCUCCUGCCUCCUCCAUCGCAUCACACCACCCUCCUGGAUCGUGUCCCGCGGUCGCGCAUUCCGCGGGGCUUGGAGCCGCGCUGCUGCCCAGAAGGAGCAGGUCGAGCCGAGCCGCCACCGGGGGGGAGCGAGGCGACCGGGCUGCGCUGUGCCGCCUGCUGGUCCGCACGAUGCGUCUCCUCCUGCUCGCGGCGCUCCUCUCGUGCUCCUGCGCGCGGGCCGGCUGCGAGCCGAAGGUCGUGAACAUCGGCGCCGUGCUGAGCCAGAAGAGGUACGAGCAGGUGUUCAAAGACGCCGUGACCCAGGCGAACCUGGUGUACGGCCGCGACAAGUUCAAGCUGACCGCCAUCUCCGUCACGCACAAGCCCAACGCCAUCCAGAUGGCCCUGUCCGUGUGCGAGGACCUCAUCUCCAGCCAGGUCUACGCCAUCCUGGUGAGUCACCCUCCCCAGUCCAAUGACCACCUCACCCCGACGCCCGUCUCCUACACCGCGGGCUUCUACCGCAUCCCCGUGGUGGGGCUCACCACCCGCAUGUCCAUCUACUCAGACAAGAGUAUCCACCUGUCCUUCCUGCGGACAGUCCCGCCCUACUCCCACCAGGCGCACGUGUGGUUCGACCUGAUGCGCGAGUUCAACUGGAACCACAUCAUCCUGAUCGUGAGCGACGACCACGAGGGGCGGGCCGCUCAGAAGAGGCUCGAGACCCUGCUGGAGGAGAGAGAGACAAAGAAUAAAAAAAGGAACUAUGAAAACCUCGACCAACUGUCCUAUGACAACAAGCGAGGACCCAAGGCAGAGAAAGUCCUCCAGUUCAGCCAGGAGACUAACUUAACUGCCCUGCUGCUGGAGGCGAAAGAGCUGGAGGCCCGCGUCAUCAUACUGUCGGCCAGUGAGGAAGACGCUGCUGCGGUGUACAAGGCGGCCCGCUUCCUCAACAUGACGGGCUCGGGCUACGUGUGGCUGGUGGGCGAGCGGGAGAUGUCGGGUAAAGCGCUGAGCGAGGCGCCAGACGGUCUGAUCGGCCUCCAGCUCAUCAACGGGAAGAACGAGUCGGCCCACAUCAACGACGCGGUUGCCGUGGUGGCUCAGUCCAUCCAGGAGCUGUUUGAGAAGGAGAAUAUCACGGAGCCUCCGAGAGGAUGCGUGGGCAACACCAACAUUUGGAAAACGGGGCCCCUUUUCAAACGGGUGCUCAUGUCGUCCAAAUACCCAGAGGGCCUCACGGGGCGCGUGGAAUUCAAUGACGACGGUGACAGGAAGUACGCCCACUACAGCAUACUCAACUACCAGAAGACUCGACUCAUUCAAGUCGGCAUAUACAACGGAACACAGGUGGUGAUGAACAAUCAGCGGAAGAUCAUCUGGCCGGGAGGAGAGACUGAGAAACCACAGGGCUUCCAGAUGUCUACUCGAUUAAAGAUAGUGACGAUACACCAGGAGCCGUUCGUGUACGUGAAGCCCACUAUGCCGGACGGAACGUGCCACGAGGAGAUUACAUUAAAUGGAGUCUUAAUUAAAAAGGUUAUCUGCACUGGGCCCAAUGAGACCAUCCCAGGUAACACUUCAGGUCGCCCAAUCGUACCCCAGUGUUGCUACGGAUUCUGCAUCGACCUCCUGAUCAAGCUAGCUAUGACCAUGAACUUCACCUACGAGGUGCACCUGGUGGCUGAUGGGAAGUUUGGAACUCAGGAGAGGGUGAACAACAGUAACAAGAAAGAGUGGAACGGCAUGAUGGGAGAGCUCCUGGGGGGCCUGGCCGACAUGAUUGUCGCCCCGCUGACUAUAAACAACGAGCGAGCCCAGUAUAUCGAGUUCUCGAAACCCUUUAAGUAUCAGGGCCUCACCAUCCUCGUUAAAAAGGAAAUCCCUCGCAGUACACUGGACUCGUUCAUGCAGCCGUUCCAGAGCACGCUGUGGCUGCUGGUGGGUCUAUCGGUGCAUGUGGUGGCGGUGAUGCUUUACCUACUAGACCGGUUCAGCCCGUUUGGAAGAUUUAAAGUGAACAGUGAAGAAGAAGAGGAGGACGCCCUCACCUUAUCGUCUGCCAUGUGGUUCUCCUGGGGAGUGUUGCUGAACUCUGGAAUAGGAGAAGGUGCGCCGCGCAGCUUCUCAGCGAGAAUCCUGGGUAUGGUGUGGGCCGGCUUUGCUAUGAUCAUUGUGGCCUCUUACACUGCCAAUCUGGCUGCCUUCCUUGUGUUGGACCGGCCUGAGGAGCGCAUCACCGGUAUCAAUGACCCAAGGCUGAGAAACCCAUCAGACAAGUUCAUCUACGCCACGGUGAAGCAGAGCUCCGUGGACAUCUACUUCCGGCGGCAGGUGGAGCUUAGCACCAUGUACCGCCACAUGGAGAAGCACAACUAUGAGAGUGCCGCCGAGGCUAUCCAGGCCGUGCGUGACAACAAGCUGCAUGCUUUCAUCUGGGACUCUGCGGUGCUGGAGUUUGAAGCCUCGCAGAAGUGCGACCUGGUGACCACGGGAGAGCUGUUUUUCCGCUCGGGCUUUGGCAUAGGCAUGCGCAAGGACAGCCCCUGGAAACAGAAUGUGUCCCUGGCCAUUCUCAGUUCUCAUGAGAACGGCUUCAUGGAAGACCUAGAUAAAACCUGGGUGAGAUACCAGGAGUGUGACUCAAGGAGCAAUGCCCCAGCCACACUCACCUUUGAAAACAUGGCAGGGGUCUUCAUGCUGGUUGCCGGAGGGAUUGCAGCGGGGAUCUUCCUUAUCUUCAUCGAAAUCGCCUACAAACGACAUAAAGACGCCCGCAGGAAGCAGAUGCAGCUGGCCUUUGCGGCCGUCAACGUUUGGAGGAAGAACCUGCAGGACAGUAAGGAGACCUCUGGAAGUCAAGUGGUGACCGGGACCCCCUCAUUACCCUCUUCCUCUCUAGAGACUCAGGAUGAUAGGAAAAGUGGUAGAGCAGAGCCCGACCCCAAAAAGAAAGCCUCUUUUAGGUCCAUCAGUACCAACCUGGCCUCCAGCAUCAAGAGACGUAGGUCCUCCAAAGACACGCAAUUCCCACCCACUGACAUCACGGGCCAACUCAACUUGUCUGACCCGUCUGUCAGCACUGUGGUGUAACGGCUCCAGAGGAGAGAGAGGAAAAACGGGACGAGGAAGGAGGAGGAGGAGGAGGGAGGCAGCGGGAGAGGGGGACGGAGAGGAGACCCCUUCUCUUCGCCGUCAAAGCCGAAGCUUUUCUUUUCACCGCCUGCCAACCGAGCUGGGGAAGAAAUGGCCUGCCGGGGAAGAAGAAGAGGCUGAAAAACACUGAACUUGCACCUUUUCUUUUUAGCUUUUUUGGAAAAGUCAGGAUUACCUGGCGUUAGAUGUUGGUAUAGGGUUCCUGAGCAUGCCUAGAAGAAUCCAUUGGACUCAUCUACAACCUUUUUUUCCUUCUGUAUAUUAUUCGCUAACUUACUUAACCUUGUUUUCGUCACAGAACGUUUUACUUAAUGUUUGAUGUAAUUUCCUGAGCAGCAUUUAAGCCGGCCGUGUUUAGUUUGGUUAAGUUUACGGAUAGGCCAGUUCGGGCGCAAGUCCCCUAUACUCUACAUAUCACUUCAGAUUAGGGCCUAGAUACCAUAGUACUACUUAGUAUUUCUUUAACAACCUAUACUGCAAUACUACAAGGUGUACUGUAAGCUUCAUAGUAUUUUUUAAUAGGAACCUACCAUUGUGUUUUUAAUCUACACUUUGAGAUGAUUUCGUUUGGGAUGCACUAAUGACGGCACUAACUCAGUGGACGUGACAAAUGCUUGUCUACCACUGACGACAAUGGAAGCAUGCGUGUGCCUGUACAUGACUAAGAGCUUUAUGCAUCUGAAUGAGGAUAUUGAUCAAUCAUUGUUAUUUUUGAAGGCUGUAUACCAGAGUCUGUAUAGUUGUUUGCGUUGCAUCUCCUCUCCCCCAUUUAACUUUGCGCCAAUCUCCCAAAUGCAAUCUGCUCAGCGUUUGACUACUAUUUAUAGCAAGGUGACAUUUCAGAUUCAUUUGUAAUCUGAUGAAACUGUUACAUAAGACUGGUGGUGUUGUUUUUGCUGUUUGACACGCAACCGCGAGCCAUGUCGCGUUUUGGGGGGACGCCCCCCUUCUUCCUCUCUCUCCCGUCAAAGCAGUCUUUCUCAUUUCCAGAUUGUAGGGGUUGCAUCAAAGGGCCACGUUUUUCAUCCAAACCUGCACUCGGUCUUUCUUGCAAAACCUUCUCCCCGAGCUGACGUUGCGCAGCAGCAUGGGGGAACUUUUACGAGAAAGUUAACCCCGAGUGGAUUUGAAUUGGACUUGCGAGCUCACGUGCAGGUCUCGGUUAGGUGCAAAAACCGGCCGUUUCCCAUUUUCUGGAGGUGAGAAACCCGCUGCUGCUUUGUCGAAAAGAAGACUCAUCACACCCUCUGUCCAGUGCCUGGCACUGCGAAGCGCUUUACGUCGAGGGUGUCUCCCAAAGUGUAAAAUAAGAUACUGACUUCCCCAGAAAACUAUACAACAGAACCACCAGAACAUCGGUGCAACAUGUUAACUUCACCGUCUUACGUUUUAAUGUCCCUAAUCUCUUUUUACGGUAUCAGAGUAACGGAGUUUGCAAAGUCUUUAUAAACACUUUUGAACAAGAACACAAUGUUCUGAAACACAAUUCGGUUUGUAAACUUGAACUUCUGAUCCUUUUUUUUUGUCAUCCUGGCCUAUGCAUGCUUCCGUGUUACUAGCAGUACUUCCUGGAUGCGUGUGCAGUGAGCAGAGCUGCUGCUGAACCUCAUGUGAAUAUAGAGUCCUGUUCAGUGGCGAUGGGGUGGAGGAGAUUUGUACUGCGCCUGUACGAUGACUGCAGCUGAGAAUGUUCUAUGUUAUAGUUACACACAAACAGUUGUGAUACACAGGCAUGAAUUUACACGUGCACACACACGCAAAACACACACACACACACACACUCACACACACACACACACACACACACACACACAACCCCUUAAGGGAGAAACUGCCUGUUUUUCUUACCUUUUCCAGUAAAGAUCUUGCAUUGAAUCAUCUUGUUUAUACAACUGUAAAUAAAAUAUACUACCAUUGCCAACUCUA